AUGUCAGAGGUCCUCACUGUAGAGGCUAUUUUGUUUGGGCUCUUGGUCUUCUCUGGUAUUCUGGGAAACAUUUUGGUCAUCCAUGUGGUGUUUCAGUCAGCCGCUGAGAGUCCAUCUCGGAGACUCCCUCCCUCUGACACUAUUUUGGUGCACCUGUCACUGGCUAACCUGCUGACCUCCCUUUUUCGCACGGUGCCCAUCUUUGUGUCGGACCUGGGCUUGGAUGUGUCUCUGUCACCGGGCUGGUGCCGAAUCUUCAUGCUGCUGUGGGUGUGGUGGCGAGCUGUGGGCUGUUGGGUGACUCUGGCACUUAGUGUCUUCCACUGCACCACCCUGAGGCGGCAUCACAUUACCUUUGGACCUCUCGCACAGCAGAGGGAGAGGCUGCGGGUCUGGAUCGUUCUGGGGCUGGUGUGGGGGGCAAACCUGGUCUUCUCUAUUCCAGCUCUGAUAUAUAGCACCCAUGUUCACGGCAACGCCACCGUGGAGCUGAUGGUGAUCAGCUGCACCACCAGGCCUCUCCUGGGCUGUGUCUGGGAGUUCCCCUCCAUUCAACAGGGCUCAGCCUUCGCGUCCUCCUCGCUGGCACUUAAUGAAGUGUUGCCACUGGUGCUGAUGGUUUGCACCAACCUGGCCACACUUCAUGCUCUGGCAAAGCACAUCCGAGCUGUUACCUCAGGAGGAGAGUCAGGAGGAACCCACGGGGAGCAGGACAAACACGUGUCAACUGAGCGCAAAGCAGCUCAUGUAAUCAUGUUGCUGGUGUCACUCUUCGUGGUCUGCUGGGUGCUACAGGUUGCUGCGGUGACGUACUACAACCAUGAUGGGGGACACCACGCUGAAGGGCUGCUGACUGUGGCCCACUUCUCUGCCUCGCUGUUUGUAGGAUUCAGUCCCAUGGUGGUGGCCCUGGGACAUGGCAAGCUGAGGAAGAGAAUCAUCAGUAUGAUCCUGAUCUGGUCUAAAGUUCUGAAAUGUCACAGGGAGGACACUGAAGAGGGGGGUAAAUCCCUAAAGACUGAAGGAAAGAACGGAAAACAAAUCGUUUUUAUUGUUCAAAAAGAAAGGAAGGUCAUAAAAGUGAAGGGGAAAGUUAAAGCAAACAAAUGA